AGAUUAUGCAAAAUAAGUAUACUUUACUAACCGAUGAUUUCCGAAAUCAGUAUCACAGAUUUUCUUAUGAUACAUAGAUCAGUCGCCGCAGUAAAAAUAGAUAUUUAAAUGUGUAGCAUAGCUGUUCACUUUUGAAAUGUCCACAAUACUCAGCCAUGUCUUAUCAAACAUUCCACCCGGAUACAGGAACAACUGUUGUUCCUAUCGGUAGACAUAGCGAAAGCGACCGAACUUCUGAAGAAAUUACAGAUAAUGAGAACAGGUUAUAUCCUUUCGGAAAACCAGUAUUCUUAAGUGGUUUAUCGGUUCAAAUGGCAUUCGUUCGCAAAGUUUGGGCAAUUUUUACUAGCGAACUUCUAGUGGUUACCAUCACGACGGCCCUACUCCUUUAUAACGAACUAAAAUAUUAUAAUGAAUGGAUUCUGGGGGCUUCAGUCGUCGUGUCGUUGCUCUUAUUGAUCACUUUAACAUACAAAUCAAACGAUGAUUUUCAACCACCUUGGUAUUUCGUUAUAUUAUACACAUGUUUAAAUGCUUAUAUUAUCGGUAUACUUGUUUCUGUUUUUCAAUUUACUUUUAUACUUGAUACAUUAAUUUUGAUGUUGGCGGCAGGUCUUUCAGUACUUGCGUUUACAAAUCAAAAAACUUAUAAAUUCAGAGCGAAAGAACCUUUAAUUCUCAUUUCGGUGGUAAUUAUUAUCAUCUCUUCAAUACUUCAUCCUUGGGUGUUUAAUUUUUCCGACUUGAUCCCUGCAUUUAUCCUUGCAUUGUUAUUGAGUCUAUACUUUAUUUUGGAUACUUGGUAUUUAAUGAGACAAAUGAGCAAAGACGAGUAUUGGGGUGCAAGCAUGCAAUUAUAUUUGGAUUUGAUUAUUCCAUUUAGAAUAAUCCAUCAUAUGUGCGAACUUACGGCAGAAUACGGGGAUGACGAUUGAAGAUUUCAAUGGGUUUACCAACUUAUUAGCAUCUGUAAAGGAAUUUCUGCGAAUCAUAAUUGGGAUACAUUACAUACAUUAAUAGGGCCAAAAUUUGUAAGUUUACUUCAAACUUGCUAAUAUUGCAAAUAGUAAUUUGCAUAAUUCAGACAAUUAAAAUUAUCUGCUUAAUUGGGCAAGUAGAAUCCAUCUGAAAUUGAAUAGAUUAUAAAUAAUUUAUUAUUAAAUUUAUUACAUAUAAACUAUAUUUAUAUAAAUAUUAAUAUAGCAAUCUUUAAUAAAUAUAACUUAUACAUUAAU